AUGGUCCUCGCGGACAUCCUUAAACGGUGGCAGCAAUUGAAGGGCCAAGAGGCUAUCCUUUGUACCGGAACAGACGAACAUGGACUCAAGGUUCAAAAAGCUUCGGAAAAGGCCCGCAUCGAACCCAAACUCUUCUGCGAUAAAGGCGCUACUAUUUUCAAAGAAUUGGCACAGAAAGCAGAAAUAUCAAAUGAUCAUUUCGUGAGGACAACAGAUAAGGAACACCAGGAUGCCGUCCAAUAUGCAUGGUUUCUCCUGAAGGAAAAAGGCUAUAUCUAUACUUCGAAGCAUGAAGGGUGGUAUUCCGUUACGGACGAAGCAUUCUAUCCUGAGGCUGCAGUAAAACCUUACCUGGAGCCGUCGACAGGUAGGGUCAUUACGGUUUCAAUAGAGACAGGAAGUGAGGUGGAGUGGUCCUCUGAGGAAAAUUACCACUUCCGUCUGUCGGCAUUUCGCGAAGACCUCCUCAAAUUCUACAAAGAGAACCCAACGUGGAUAGUUCCUGCGCAUCGUAUGCAGGAAGUCAUCCAGUCUGUCGAGUCGGGACUUCCCGACCUUUCUAUCUCUCGACCUUAUAGUCGCCUUACUUGGGGUAUCCGCGUCCCUGAUGAUGAAACUCAGACCAUGUAUGUCUGGCUUGAUGCCCUCAUGAAUUAUGUUACAAAGGCCGGAUACCCCUGGCAACCGGGACAGGAAAGUGCAGGCGGGUGGCCAGCAGACUGCCACGUGAUUGGCAAAGAUAUCGUACGCUUCCAUUGUGUGUACUGGCCCGCCUUUCUCAUGGCACUUGGCCUACCUCUGCCUAAACAGAUCCUUACGCAUGCACAUUGGACGCUGGGCGGCUCGAAGAUGUCCAAGUCCACUGGCAGAGUGGUAGAUCCGUUUCAUGCUCUCGAUCGAUUCUCCCCCGACGUUAUGCGAUUUUAUUUGGCACACGAAGGCGGGCUCGCAGAUGACGGGGACUACGAUAAUAGCCGAAUAGUUGGUCUAUAUAAGAAAUUUCUGAGCGGCUCGUUGGGCAACCUAACAUCGAGGGUCACACGUGGUAAGAGCUGGAGCGUCCGUGGUGCGGUCGAGCGGAUUGGACAUGAAGAGGUGGCUUAUUGGGAAGAGGGCCCUGGUUCACGAUUCUAUAAUCGCUCGCUACGUGGUGUAGCAUCGAAAGUAGAAUCCGCAUUCGAAGCACACGACCCUCGAAAGGCAUUAUUUGAAAUAGCUGAUUUUAUACGUGGGGCGAAUAGCUUUUUACAAGACUCCAGUCCCUGGAGCAAAUGCCUUGAUUACGGACCCGGUGAACCCGGCGAAGAUGUGGACAGGAUUAUCUACCUUGCUGCUGAAGCCCUGCGACUCGCAGGUAUCCUGUUACAACCGUACAUGCCUAACAAAUCCAAGACCUUGCUAGACCAGAUCGGUGUUCAAGAGUCGCGUCGUACACUUGCAUUUUGUAGGCCUGGAGCAGACCUAGACUACGGCGUACCUAUGGUGGAGCUGGGCAAGGGCCAUAAGAACGUGCUGUUUCCGCCGCUAGCGAGCGAUGAGUAG